CCUUUGGGGUCCUGAUUGAAAUAAGCGGAAGAGAGACAGACGCAAGCCUCGGCGGAAGCGGUCUGUCAGGAAAGAAAAAUCUGCAGAAUUUGACACAAAGACGCCCGUUCACAUACAAUAUUAUUUGACCGAACCGUGUACCACGCUUUAUAUCAGCGUCCGCUGCAAUGAUUCUGUUAGAAAUCAAUAACCGGAUUAUAGAAGAGACACUGUCUUUGAAAUUUGACGGCGCAUCCAAUGGGACCAAACCUGAGGCGGUAGAGGUGACGUUUGCAGACUUUGAUGGCGUCCUGUACCAUAUCUCUAACCCCAACGGGGAUAAGACCAAGGUGAUGGUCAGCAUCUCCCUCAAAUUCUACAAGGAGCUACAGGAGCAUGGAGCUGAUGAGCUACUGAAGAGGAUCUAUGAGAACUACCUGGUUGCCCCUGAGGCGGGCUACAACGUGUCCCUGCUGUUCGACCUGGACUCCGUGCCAGCCAAUAAGGAGGAGGUGGUGCACCAGGCGGGCAUGCUGAAGAGGAACUGUUUCGCCUCCGUCUUUGAGAAGUACUUCAAGUUCCAGGAGGAGGGCAAGGAGGGAGAAAAGAGAGCCGUGGUCCAUUACAGAGAGGACGAGUCCAUGUACCUGGAAGCCAAGAAGGACAGGGUGACUGUGGUGUUCAGCACCGUCUUCAAAGACGACGAUGACGUCAUCAUCGGGAAGGUCUUCAUGCAGGAGUUCAAGGAGGGCCGGCGGGCCAGUCACACGGCCCCCCAGGUUCUGUUCAGCCACCGGGAGCCGCCCCUGGAGCUGAAGGACACGGAUGCUGCUGUGGGAGACAACAUUGGAUACAUCACCUUCGUUUUGUUCCCGCGCCACACCAACGCCAACGCCAGAGACAACACCAUCAACCUCAUCCACACCUUCAGGGACUACCUGCACUACCACAUAAAGUGCUCCAAGGCUUACAUCCACACACGCAUGCGGGCCAAGACCUCAGACUUCCUGAAGGUGCUGAACAGGGCCCGUCCCGACGCUGAGAAGAAGGAGAUGAAGACCAUCUCGGGCAAAACGUUUACCCGCUGAGGCUGGUCUCCAUACGUGCACUGACUCCCAGGACACGCCCAGUCGCGCCACAUUGGACAGGACCUUCUCCCCCCCCCAGCCUGAUUGCGAGUGUCCAGACUUUCUUUGUUAAAAUAAUAAAGUUGUCUCCUUCAAAAUAAAGUUGUCUCUUAGGAAAAUCGAGGCAUAAAAGUAUAAAAAGGGCAUUCCUUGCUUUGCAUACUUAGAUAAUUAUUAGUCCUAUAUAAAUAUAUAUAUGAGAAGAAAAAAAAAGAAAUUUUUGAUACAAUAUCUUUUACUCCAUUUGGUACUCUUGCCUUGCUCUCUCUCUCCCCCCCCCCCCCCCCUUUUCCUCAUGGUGACCAUGCAUUCAAUGACUACAGAAUUCCCCCCUCACCCCCACCCCAUCUCUCUAUCAAUGCUUUCAUGUUGUCUGUACCAUUGUCAUUCGAUACAAUAAACCGUCUUACAAAAAGCA